GAGGCCGCGGGAGUUAGGCGCUGUGGUCGCGGUCAGAUUGAGCGAAUAGCGCGUCAAGGGCUUCAAUUUAGUGAGGUACUGAAGCGUGAAGAAAGGAGACAAGUUGGAGGUGAUGAAAUGACGCGGAUCGUCGCGGUUCACCAUCCAGAAGGUAUAUUUGCUCAGCUCUCCGUUCAGGGGCGUGGGCUUGUUCCAGGAGAGACGGAGGUAGUUGUCGGCCAAUUCGGUGACUUUGAGGCCGGACGGCGCACCGGGAACUUUUCGUCCGAAGAGGUGGUACCGAGAGUGUGUUGGUGUGUGUGUGUGUGUGUGUGUGUGUGUGUGUGA